ACCUUCCUGAGUACCUGAGUGAGUGAGUGAGUGCCAGCGAGUGGGUGCGUGUUGUGGUCUGCAGAAACAUCAGCCUUUCCCUACACGCACACACGGGCACAAGCACACUAAGGCAUGUCUAUAUUACCUUUAUUACGCCGCCUAACUCCUCCAGUAAGGGCGUCCUGGCUCAGGUUACAAGGAAGGGACAUAAGCUACGUGGAAAGGGUUCGCUUCCUGCAGGAACUUAAGGUCCAUGAAUCGUUGUGCUCUUCCUUCAUCCCUGAUGGCAAGUUCCUGGUGUACCACUAUGGCAAGCCUCUACUGCGCGUGGACAAGGCCAACACUAAGGAUGCCAUUGUGUGGCUUACUUUCACAGAGAUGAAGAACUAUUACCCAGAGUUGUUAAGUUCCUACGUCCUGUUGGAUGUCUCAGAGGAGGGCAAGCCAAGGUACAGUGUGCAGGUUGGGGGGAUUCCGUCAUACACUAAGGAGAAGCUUGAAGAUGAGACAGGAGGCAUCUUCACAGACCUGCGGCUGGGGUUGUUCAUGGUCAACUGGCAAGAGGCUCACAUUCUCUCCCGUGCCAACUGUGUCCACAUGUGGAACAAAAACAAUGCUUUCUGUGGGAAAUGUGGAGCCCCAACCAAGAGAAAUGCAGCUGGUUACUCCCGGAAGUGUACGAGCUGUGACAUGACCCACUACCCAUCCUCAGCCCCAGUGGGCAUCGUGUUAGUGACUGACCCUGAGCACCAGCAUAUUGUCUUGGUGCGGCAGCCACGCCACCCUCAAGGAAUGUACUCCUGCGUUGCUGGCUUUUCGGAUGUUGGAGAGAGUCUGGAAGAGACAGUCCGUAGGGAAGUAGCUGAGGAAGUGGGGAUAGAGGUGUCCAAGGUGACGUACAUUGCCUCCCAGCACUGGCCCUUCCCUGGCUCCCUCAUGAGUGGCUGCUUUGCUGAGGUGGAAAAACAGUCGCUAGACAUUGACAAGGAUGAGCUGCAGGAUGCCCGGUGGUUCUCAAAGGAAGAGGUAGGAACUGCUCUGGCCAGGAUUGAUGCCAACCCUAAUCUGCGGCUGCGAGGAAACCCUUCAGGAGAGCUUUUUGUGCCACCCCCUGGGGCCAUUGCCUUUCAUCUCAUCUCCCACUGGUUCAAGGGAACACCAGUCCAAGAGAUUAACCAGCACAUCUACUGAGGAUGUGCCUGGGAACAUGCACAAUGUUGUGUAGCUUUAAGGCCACUUAACCAGAGGCACAAUGCUCCUGUGUCAAAGUGCUCAGGGAAUACAGUACCCACUGCCAACUUCC